GUGCGGACAAUAGGUGCUUUCUUGAAAAUGGCGGGUCAGCUGAGAGCUUCUUUGUCAGUGAGGACAUCCCAGUUGGAUCAGUUAUUGGUACUGUCCGUCUGAUAGGAGAUCCAAGCGAGAGAGGGAACAUAGAGCUAAGACUGAAAGAGGUUGAUAGUCCCGUGGUCAUCUCACCGGGCACUAGCAAUCUCACAUUAACUAGGAAACUAGACAAAGAGGGAAUCGAAGGACCCUCCUCUGUUUACGUGAACAUAAUAUGUGACAGAAAAAGGACAACUGUACCUGGCUUCGAGAUACCUAUCAACAUAAGGGUGACCGAUGCUAAUGACAAUGCACCACAAUUUGUCAAUGCUCCAUACAUUCUCAACAUAUCUGAG